AUGAGAGUUGAACAGGGAGUAGUACGUAACAUAGAAACAUCUACUGACGCGAGAAAUACAUCUUAUAACAACAGCGUGGUGAGACCUCAUGAAAGAGAAGUCAUUCCAGAACAACAUCUUAUGACGUAUGUGAACGAGAACGUUACAUCUGAGUCAGAGAUGACGAUGGUGCAUAGUAAGGUAUACCUACCAACAGUUCAGGUGAAACUAUUUAACCCCGAUGAAGCUAACCCGGAAAUUAAAGUGACUUAUGCCCCAUUCGAUAGCGGAUCACAACGGCCAUUCAUCACAUCUCAUAUGGCUGACCAAUUAAAGUUGACAAGUAAGACUACUGGAGUAAUAUGGUUGAACACUUUCGCAUCAAGAGAAACGAGGCGAGUCGAAUCGAAAACAGUUCACGUGGGGUUAGUUCUCAGAACUGGAGAUACUCAAAUCAUAGAAGUCAGUGCUGUCCCACAAAUAGUCAAAGAACUCGUUUGCCGUCCUAGCAAGGUUGGGCAGGAAACUGUCGAAGAUGGGGGAGAAAUUAUUGUCACCCCGGAACUAUUGAUUGGAGCGGAUCUCUAUUGGGAAUUAACCAUGGAGGUACCAGUGGAGAGGUUGAAUGAUAAUUUAUACCAGAUUUGGACUAAAGUAGGCCCUAUGAUUGGUGGUAAGCUUGCAAGUGGCUGGGACGUCUUCACGAGUGCCGAGAGGAACCCCACGGUAGAAUGGAACGAAAUCGAAAGGUUUUGGCAGCUUGAGAGUCUAGGAGUUAAUGAUGCACCGGUAGAUGAGGAUAACGAUAGGGCACUAGAACUGUUUGAUCGUACGGUA